AUGACCGAGCAAUGGCCGUGGACAGGGGAGAGUUUGGACGUUCAGGAAAUCCUUGAAUACAAUUGGACUUACUCCACGAAUAGAAUUUAUCAAGUCUGGAAAUUGCAGAAUACCCCGGCGGGCCACUUCUGCGUUGGGAAACAAGGGUCCCGCCCAGUUGGUGACAGCCCCUGUCAGCAGGUCUUGAAUCUCACCACAGACACUUGGUGGCCCCGACCCUUGGCGGUGAUGGAAAUAAUCACCAACAAAACCGCCUUCGCAUUGGAAUUACUGACUAGACAGCAGUCUCAAAUGAGGGCUGCUAUAUAUCAGAAUCGUCUUGCUUUAGACUACCUGCUUGCCUCUGAAGGGGGUGUCUGCGGGAAGUUUAACACGACAAAUUGUUGUCUGGAGAUAGACGAUAACUACGAGGCUGUCCUAAAAAUCACCCGGGACAUCCGUAAAAUAGCCCAUGAUGAUGACAUAACACUGGGCUCGAUGAGGUCACACAUGUGCAACUGUGCCCCAUGUAAUCAAGGUCCAGCCGAUGGAGCAGCUGCUAACACAAACCAGCCGAGCAGCCCUUUGAAGGUCACAGUGAAGAUUAUCAAAGAUCCACUCCUGGACUACGGUUUUAUGGUCUCAGAAGAUUCACCAGGGCCCAAGUCAUCAUUUAUUACUGAAGAAAAGCGAGCCAGAUUGAAAAGCAACCCAGUCAAAGUACACUUUGCUGAGGAAGUGAUCGUCAAUGGCCAAAUACAGGAUAACUCGCUACUCUUAAUGCCCGGUAUUCUCAAGGUGUAUUUAGAAAAUGGACAGACCAAAGCCUUUCGAUUUGAGAAAAAUACAACAGUGAAGGAUAUCAUCCUCACCCUGAAGUCAAAGUUAUCCAUCCGUUGUAUUGAGCAUUUUGCUCUGGUUUUGAAGGAACGAUACACUAUCAACAAGAUCUAUAUCUUACAUGAUGAUGAACUCAUUGAGCAGGUGGUCCAGAAGCGAGAGCCCCGUGAUUAUAGGUGUCUCUUCAGGGUUUGUUUCCUGCCAAGAGAUCCACUUGUACUUUUACAAGAUGAUCCAGUUACUUUUGAAUACCUCUACUCACAGAGUUGCAAUGAUGUGCUGCUGGAGAGGUUUGCGAUGGAGAUGAAAUACAGCACUGCUAUCCAUCUCGCAGCACUGCAAAUUCAGGAAUGCAUCCUCAGCUCCAACCAUUCUGAGAAAGUCUCCAUGAAGUACAUUGAGGAUUGGGGAAUUGAGAAUUUUGUCUCAUCAACUGUACUUGACAACAUGAAAGAGAAAGAUAUCAGAAAGGCCAUUAACUAUCACCUUAAGAACAAUCAUAGCUUGAUUGCACCAGGACAAAAGGCUGCCACCAGUGAACGUGUGCGUGAAGGUGACGAGAAUGUGGAGCGAGGUAACUGGUCCUCGAAGAUUGACUACUUGCUCUCAGUGAUCGGUUCUGCUGUGGGUUUGGGCAAUGUAUGGAGAUUCCCGUACCUGGCCUACAGAAAUGGAGGAGGUGUAUUUCUUAUUCCCUACUCAAUCAUGCUGGGUCUUGUUGGGAUACCAAUAUUUUUCUUGGAAUCUUCCUUUGGACAGUUUGCCAGCCUUGGGCCUGUUGCAGUGUGGAAAUCUGUACCAAUGUUACAAGGUGUUGGAGUCACCAUGGUCCUUCUGAUCAUAAUUGCCAACAUUUCCUAUGCCUGCAUUAUUGGUUACAGUCUGUACUACCUGUUUGCUUCCUUCCAAUCACCCCUACCAUGGGCAGACCGCUUCAGUUGGUGGGGAGCAGAUGAAACAUGCAGCAGGACUCCCAAAGAUCCAUUUUGCAAUCUUACCCUGGACGAUGGAUAUUUUGAAGUCAUUAAUACAACAUGGCUGCAGACGAAUAAUAACACUUGCCUAAUUGGAUCAGAAAUCUCCAUUCCUCACCAGGGUCCGAGUGAGCAAUACUGGGAUCAAGCAGUUUUACACCGUACAAGUUCAUUGGAUGAGACUGGGGAGAUAGUCUGGCAUUUAGCCCUCUGUCUGCUUCUAGCCUGGCUGAUGGUUGGGACAGCAUUUUUGAAAGGAAUCAAAUCUUCAGGAAAGGUUGUUUAUUUCACUGCAAUUAUCCCGUAUGUGGUUCUGACGAUACUCCUGAUCCGAGGGGUUACCCUGGAGGGAGCCUGUAAAGGAAUUGAAUUCUACAUCAGAAGCCAUUCAGACUUCUCCAAACUGGCUGAUGCUCAGGUCUGGAAAGAUGCUGCAACACAAAUUUUCUACUCGACAUCAGUGGGUUGGGGCAGUUUAAUCACAUUGUCAUCCUACAACAAAUUCCACAACAACUGUUACCAAGAUACCAUCAUUGUCUGUGUUGUUAAUUGUGCUACGAGUAUGUUUGCGGGAUUUAUCAUCUUCUCCACUCUUGGGCACAUGGCUCAUGUGCAAAACAAGCCCGUUUCAGAGGUUGCACGGUCAGGGUUUGUUUUGGACUUUAUUGCUUACCCAGAGGCCCUUGCACAGUUGCCAUGGGCAACUUUAUGGUCCAUUUUAUUUUUCUUCAUGCUGCUCACUUUGGGACUUGACACAUUGUUUGCAAGUUUUGAAACAGUAAUAACAAGCCUGCUGGACCAGUUUCCUGAGUUCCUUAGGCCAAAGCAUCUUUAUCUGACAGCUGGUCUUUGUUUGUUGUUUUAUUUCCUUGGCCUUCUGUUUGUAACACAGGUUGGGAUUUAUUGGUUACAUUUAAUGGAUUAUUUCUGUACUGGAUGGAUUCUCAUUGUAGUUGCUCUGUUGGAAUUCAUUGGUCUCAGCUGGAUCAAUGGGAUAAACAGAUUCAUCAAGGACAUUGAGAUGAUGAUUGGGAAAAGGAAUUGGCUUUUCUGGCUCUGGUGGAGAGCUUGUUGGAUUCUGAUCUCUCCGUGCAUUUUAACCGCAAUCUUAGUCUGGUCCUUAACAACAUUUACCCCUCCAACAUAUGGACCAGUUGAAUACUCUGUCUGGUCAAUAGCGCUAGGCUGGUGUAUGAUCAUCUUCUGUAUUAUGUGGGUACCCAUAAUCGCCAUGGUGAGAGUUGUCCAAGCUGAGGGCCCCACCUUGUGGCAGAAAAUUUCUGCUGCAUGUACAGCAGCUCCUGAAUGGGGCCCACACCUGGAACAACACAGAGGGGAAAGAUACAGGAAGAAGCCUGACUCUACAGAAGCACUGACUCAUGUGCAAUGUCUUGUCACUCCUGAGAUUUGA